AUGACUAUUCUGACGUCCUUUCUCACUAGAGAACCAGAGGAAAAGACUGCCAUGAUUACUGUCGAAGACAAAUACAUGGAAAGCACGACGACGACGGUUGGCCAAAAAACGUACCUGGAGGACACGUGUCCUGUGUGCGGGGACAAAGUUUCUGGCUACCACUACGGACUUUUGACUUGCGAGUCGUGCAAGGGAUUUUUCAAAAGGACGGUGCAGAACAAGAAGGUGUACCAGUGCUCCGCCGACCAAAAUUGUCCGGUGGACAAAACUUGCCGAAAGCGAUGUCCACAGUGUCGUUUCCAGAAAUGCCUCAAAGUCGGCAUGAAGAUUGAAGCACAGCAGCUUGGUGACACACGGUUUGCUAGCGACCGGGGUAGCGAGUCGGCCGAGCCUCAGUACCGUCAGAUGCCACUGAACGUGGUACCUAGUGAUUUAACGUUUAACGACACAACUUCGAGUCACGUGCGACUGACGGAGGAGCCGGAGCCGAUUUUGUGCUCUGUUUUUGUGCUCGAAAUCGCUGGUAAAUUCGCGUUGACGCGUAGGUCCCUGCGCGCAACCUGUUGUGGCGUUGGUGAAGUAAAAUCAUUUAUGGCUUCUCAAGUGAAAAAGCUUAAGAAAGAAAGGGAUGGCAUGGACGACCUAGUUUGGACGCGCGUUGCACCGCAUCGUCGAGCCGGCAGAGUUAUUGCCGCCGCCGCCGCCGUCGUCGUCCAACUCACGUUUUCACAACUGGUUUGCCACAACACAUCAUCUCGCCGAGGGCCACGAGAACGAGCAGAGAUGUCAACGCUGGCCGUGUGCAAAAAUUAG